AUGGCGCGGACCAAGGUGGAUCAGCGUGGUCGUGCCUUCCGCAAGGUGCUGGUCGCCCGCGCUCCCCGCAAGGCGCUGGGCUCCGGCGGCGGCAGCAGCAGCAGCGUCAGCGCGGGGCCGGCGCUGCCCGGCCGGAGAGGUCAACGGCGCCCCGUGGGGCUGAACCGGGUCUGUGUGAGGCCGGUGCCCGCCUGGCAAAGGGGAAUCAGCGACUUCCUGCAGCUCCCAUCCAAGGAGAGCCGGGCAUCCGACGGAGACACACCCGGGACCAGCGGCCUGGAAGCUCGGCCCCUGCCACUGGAUCCUGCCGAAGAGGGAGAGUGCUUGGAGGAAGAGUAGAUGUGAUCUGACCUCCAUUUUCAUGUUAAAAUGUUCCUCCUACUUGAGCUGGGUUUUGUACAUUUGCAUAGCUCUUUAUAGUUUUUUAUGGCUUCCUUUCAGCUUUUGUACAAGACUGAAAGUCUGAGAGAUGGCACGAACACUGGAGAAAUUAAUUAAUUUUUACUGUUUGGCACUUAAUGUUCAUUGUAAACCACUGGUUUAAUUUUUAUCUUGGUUUGCUUGAGUUCCUCCUGCAUGGUGGGCAGCUUUUGUCUUUCAUCUUCUGCCUGCCUUGUGUUUGUGCAAGACUUGCACGAUCAUGGUUGUUCCAUUACUGCAAAGCAGAUCCUUGUUUUUAAUAAACUGAAACCAUCUGAGCACA